AUGGCGACAUCUUAUGCUCUUCGUCUCUUCUGCAAUCUCACAUUCUUCACCUGUCUUGCAUCGAUCAUGAUUGGAUCCUCGGUCAUCACCGCCGAUUCCGACCUAGUCGAGCGAAUGUGCGGCCGGAGCUGCAGCCGGGCAACGUCCUCUGACAAGUUUUGCAAGGACGCUCUCAACUCUGAUUGGCGCACACCGGGUGCUGAUGCGACUAUACUAGCCUAUGUGGCCUUCGGUUUGGCGCAUCGCAACGCUUCGAGCACCCAAGACCAGAUAACUUCGCUGCUAAGUAACUCUACUGGUCCGGUGCGCCAGCACCUCGAGCAAUGCCUCCUAGAUUAUGCAACAGCCUUAAAUAACACUGAAGAGGCUUUAACCGACUUGGAUUGGGAGGAAUUUGGCAGAUUGACCUCCUUUGCUGCUACGACAUGGGAGCAAGCGAAGAACUGCGAAUCGGCCUUUAAUGGAACAAAAUCUCCAUUGACUGAUAACAACAACAAUCUGUUCGGGCUUUCAGAGAUUUGUGUUUGUAUUUCGUAUCAGCUCAUUGUCUGA